AUGCCUCUCGUCAAGCCGCCUGUGCGACCGCAGCCCCGGCAGCCCGUCAGCAGACUGCAAAGUAUCAAGCCGCCUCAGUCAGGAGCAAUCCCACUCAAACGUCCUGUGGGGAUACAAAUUCCUCGAGUCGGCAGUGUCAGCAGCGCCAGCGGUGUGAGCCAUGCAGCAGCACCACCGAUCAAAAGGCCGGAAAGCAAACGACCAGCCGAGACAUGUCCCAACCCUAACUGUCCUGAUCCUCGCAUCAUUCGUGAUGAGGACAUGAAAGUCUGUGAGACCUGUGGUGCGGUCGUCAGUGAGGAUACCCUCGUCUCAGAGAUUAGCUUUGGAGAGACCUCGGCCGGUGCAGCGGUCGUGCAGGGAUCGUAUGUCGGUGCCGAUCAGACUCAUACCCGGAGCAGUGGUCCGGGUUUCCAUCGUGGAGGAGGCAUGGAAAGUCGCGAAAUCACUGAGCAGAAUGGUGCCCGCUAUAUUCAGCAGAUGGCGCUAGCUUUAGACAUUCCCGAAAGCGCGCAAAAGGCUGCUGGUCAAGUAUUCAAGUUGGCUGUGGGAUUGAACUUCAUUCAGGGUCGACGCACCAAGACCGUUGCUGCUGUGUGUUUAUAUAUUGCCUGCCGACGCCAGCCGGGAAAUACAGUCAUGCUCAUCGAUUUGUCGGAUGUGUUGAUGAUAAAUGUGUUCAAAGUCGGUCGGGCGUAUAAGAUGUUGCUGGAAGAAUUGCGACUUGGCGGCACAGUCUUUACGAUGAAUCCCGUCGAUCCCGAGAAUCUGAUUCUGCGGUUUGCCAAGCAGCUUGAGUUUGGUAACAGGACCAUGCAUGUUGCCAAAGAAGCUGCUAGAAUUGUGCAGCGUAUGAAUCGUGACUGGAUGACAACCGGUCGUCGGCCGGCGGGUAUCUGUGGCGCUGCACUUAUUCUAGCAGCACGAAUGAAUAAUUUCCGACGUACUGUGCGAGAAGUUGUUUAUGUUGUCAAGGUCACUGAGGUGACUAUCAACCAGCGACUGAACGAGUUUAGUUCUACUGAUAGCGGUGGUCUUACCGUCGACCAGUUUCGAUCAGUUCACCUGGAAACUGCACAUGAUCCUCCGUCUUUUAAUCCAAAGAAGAAAGAAGGUCGAAAAAGAAAAGCGAAAGUGUUGGAGACUGCAGCAGAAAUUGAAGAAUCGGAAACAGAGACGGAAACAGAUGCUCAACCGACACCACCACCAGCAAAGCAACAUCGUAUCGAUGCAGAUGGUUUUGCUAUUCCGGAUAUCCCUAUAGACCCUGCAUUGACUGCUGGAAAUUACCAAACUACAACUGCGCAAGAUGCAGUCUCUAGCAUAGAGGCAGAACUCUUAGCGCAGUCAGUCCUCGAUAAAGAGCAAGAACAAACAUCGAAAAAAGGAAAGAAGAAACAAACAAUACCCGAACCAACUCCCGAAGAGCUUGCUUCAGAAGAAGCGCUUGAGAAUGAAAUGCAUCAAUUCCUGGCCAAUGGCUCCGACAUGGUCGAAGCUGCGGCAACUACUCGAACGGUAGCAGCAGCAGCAGCUGCUGCUGCAAAACCCCGGGUGCCAGUCUCGGACAAUAUAGAAAUUGAAGCGUCUGAAUUCGACUCUGACCCCGAAGUCGCAAAUUGUCUUCUUUCGCCCGCAGAAGUCGAGAUCAAAGAACGAAUCUGGGUACAUGAGAACCGAGACUAUCUCCGCGCACAGCAAGCAAAAGCCCUAAAGCAGGCGCUAUCUCUGGGUGAGGACGACGGAACUUCACAGAAGAAGCCACGCAAACGCCGCAAAGGAAGACUGGGCGACGUCACCUAUCUGCAAGGUGAAGAUGGAAAGGGUAGUCGCGCCUCUACACCGGCUGAAGCUACGAGACUCAUGCUUGAGCAGAGAGGCUAUAGUAAGAAGAUCAACUAUAAGAUGUUGUUCGAUCUAUACGGUGAGGAAGGCGCAGCCGAAAUCGAAAAGGCAGAGGCACAGAGACAAAGUCGCAGCCAGAGCGUGGCAUCCGAAGCAGCGUCGUCUGCCAAUAUCAAACCUAUCAUCUCGACUACAGCUGCACCCAAGAUUACGAUUCCAGGUGCAACGGCGGGAGGAUUCAACGAGGCUGACUAUGACGAUGAGGAAGAUGCAGACGAGGCGGGUGGUGAAGAGCCAGACGAUGAUCAGGAAAUUCAGAAUGCCUUUGCUGGAAAUUACGAUGAGGAGGAUGAUUACUAUGAUGAUCAGGCAAGCGACGACGGUUAUUAG